AUGCCAGCUGAAAAGGGCAUCAUCCACUACGGCUACAUCCCACGGAGCACAUCCUCUGGCACUCGUGGUGCGGGAGGCGACCUCACAGGCAUUCAACGACCUCAACUACAAUGUCCCAGCCAGCAGAUCGUUCGACGAUGCCUCCUGAUGCUUGCCAUCAACACAGCUCCACACGCAGCGAUUGCAGUGCAGUGGUCUGGCGGCGUGCUUGCAUCAAACCGCAACAUCAACGACGAGCAUCAGGAGGCUCCGCCCGCCAACGCCGAGUCUGUGCUCGUCAUCGACCCAGUGCGCUGA